ACUCUCUCUCUCUCAUCUCCAUCCAAUCUCUCCCAUACUACCUCAAAAAUAUCCACCUUUUUCACAUACCAUACCAAAUCCAUCAUCAAUGCUUCCAUUACAAGUUCCAGCAUUGCUGGUAAACACUGCUCUCUGAUCUUCCACACCCUUUCAUGGCAACUUCAAUUUCAGCAACUGGGCUUCUUCAUAAACCACCUCUUUCCUCCUCCUUCCAUGGAGGCUGGGGGACUUCGAUCUGUGGCGACGACAGCGCCAUGCUGAUCAAGUCGGUCCCGGCACAGGUUCGAGUCACAAAGCCGGUGAGAUUCCGGCCAAUGAUGAAGAAUGUUAAUGAAGGGAAGGGUCUGUUUGCGCCUGUGGUAGUUCUUGCUAGAAAUAUUAUUGGAAAGAAACGUUUCAAUCAGUUGAGAGGCAAGGCCAUUGCCCUGCACUCACAGAUAAUUACUGAGUUCUGCAAAUCUAUAGGAGCUGAUGCAAAGCAAAGGCAGGGGUUGAUUAGGUUAGCCAAGAAGAAUGGAGAAAGAUUAGGAUUCCUUGCUUGAUCUGAUCCAUUCUGUUUCUGUCAUCACAGUGGAAAUCCUAUUCCUAUUCCUAUAUAAAUCAUAGAUCUGCCUCUGCCUCAGCUUCCACAAAUGUAUGAUCUUCUGCCCUGUUUAUGCUUUCAUAUUCUUCAGUUUGGCAGCAAUAUUUUCAUCCUUGUAUUAAACUGUGACAGACCCUUUUUACCAAAGGAUGAUGGUUCUGUCUAAGAGCAAUGUGAAUCUCUUAUUAUUUUUUCUGGUAGCAAUGAAUAGGAAUACAACUUUUACUAGAACUCUUGGCAGUUUCGACAACUUUGAUAGGUACCUAUCGAGUAUCCACUCUAAGAAACAUAAAUAGAGGGUUCGUGUUCAUCGUUUAAUCGAUCGUUGUAGACAAUGGCUGGUUCAGUUUGUUAUCAUCCUAGCUCCAUUGCUGAGAGUGCAGAUAAGCAAUGAACUUAAGACUGUAACAACCCUUUGCUGAUGUCUCAUCACUACAACCACUCUGCAACAACUAAAUGAUCAUAGACAUGCAAAAACCAAGCUGGCUGAAGAAAGGCUACUAUAAGAAAUUGAUUCAGCAACUGACCCAAGCAGUGUGUAUUGUUUUUACCGAAAAUUAUAGAUCACAACACUAAGACCUCCAGGAAAACUCGAAGAUAAUUGAGGAUCCUGCAAAACAAGGAAUUAGCACUCCAAAGCUUUUGUCACUACAGGAUUUUAGAGAGUAAGAUUUCAAAUCAAGAUGUUUGCGUGCCUCUUUCAUUUCUCUCUUGGGUAUUUAUUUGAAAGGGGAGAUAACUGUUGGAGUCGUGUGCUAAAUUCAACAGUUAUUUGAGAUAUGUUGUGAGGUGGGAAUACAGUUAAGCGUUUACCAUUCAAACGUUAGUGAUUAGUUUGAUAACUUUGUUGAAAAGUCAGUCAAGUUCAGAGACUCGACGCUUAUCGUUUCCA